AACGUCUCCGCGCCGGGUCGGCAGUGUACGCAUGCGCUCUGUGGGAGGAAGCCGCUGCCCGGCUGGUGUGUCCGCGAACGGACGAUGCUGUCGCCGGGCUGCUCCCGACUGUGCCUAGUCCUGUCACCAGCCAGUGCGCAGGCGCAUCCCGGGGCUGCCGCUGCUGACUGACUGCGGUGGGUCAUCAAGUGCCGCUCAGAUCAGCGAGGCCCCGCCGCUGGCGUGUUGGGUGCGGCGCCGGGCUGCACCUCCGCCCGCCAGGGCCUAGUGCUGGCCGGCCUCGUCCCACGUGUCCCGCCCCUUCCCUGCUGAGAGGGCGCAGGGCCCGGGGCCGUGCGAGGAGUGAGAGGCCCGGUCCUGAGUGCGAGGCGCCGCGCUGCCCCGUUCCCCGCGGACGGAGGCUUGUCCCGGGCAGAGGCAGGAUGAAGCUGGUGAGGAAGGACAUCGAGAAGGAUAACGCGGGGCAGGUGACCCUGAUCCCCGAGGAUCCCGAGGACAUGUGGCACGCCUACAACUUGCUGCAGGUGGGGGACAGCCUGCGGGCAUCCACCAUCCGCAAGGUGCAGACCGAGUCCGCCACGGGCAGCGUGGGCAGCAACCGCAUCCGCACCACCCUCACCCUCUGCGUGGAGACCAUCGACUUCGACUCUCAGGCCUGCCAGCUGCGUGUCAAGGGGACCAACAUCCAGGAGAAUGAGUAUGUCAAGAUGGGGGCCUACCACACCAUCGAGUUGGAGCCCAACCGCCAGUUCACGCUUGCUAAGAAGCAGUGGGACAGUGUGGUGCUGGAGCGCAUUGAGCAGGCCUGUGACCCAAGCUGGAGUGCUGACGUGGCAGCAGUGGUCAUGCAAGAGGGGCUGGCUCAUAUCUGUCUUGUAACCCCCAGCAUGACCCUGACUCGGGCCAAGAUUGAAGUGAACAUCCCCAGAAAACGGAGGGGAAAUUGUAGUCAACAUGACCGAGCACUGGAGAGAUUCUAUGAGCAGGUGGUGCAGGCAAUCCAGCGUCAUAUCAACUUUGAGAUUGUGAAAUGUGUGCUGGUGGCCAGUCCGGGGUUUGUAAGAGAACAGUUCUGUGACUACAUGUUCCAGCAGGCUGUCAAGACUGACAACAAGCUGCUGCUAGAGAACCGGUCCAAAUUCCUUCAGGUCCACUCCUCUUCUGGACAUAAAUAUGCACUGAAAGAAGCUCUUUGUGACCCAGCUGUGGCCAGCCGUCUCUCUGACACCAAGGCAGCUGGUGAGGUCAAAGCCUUAGAUGACUUCUACAAGAUGCUACAACAUGAGCCCGACCGGGCUUUUUACGGCCUCAAACACGUGGAAAAGGCCAAUGAGGCCAUGGCUAUUGAUACCCUAUUGAUCAGCGAUGAGCUCUUCAGGCACCAGGAUGUGGCUUCCCGCAGCCGAUAUGUGCGGCUGGUAGAUAGCGUGCGGGAGAAUAUGGGUACAGUGCGCAUAUUCUCCAGCCUCCAUGUGUCUGGGGAACAGCUUGGCCAGCUCACAGGGGUAGCAGCUAUCCUACGUUUCCCUGUUGCUGACCUCUCUGACCAAGAGGAGGAAUCCAGUUCUGAAGAGGAUUGAUAAUGGCUCAUUCACCCUUCCUCUAUAGUACAAUAAGACUAAAAUGACAGUCACAGCGUUUCUUUUCCAAAUACUGCAAACAAAUGUGCCCUAGUGUGCAAUUUAAUAUUUUGAGGACAACAUAUAUUUUAAGGUGCCUGGUUUUGUUCAACAUGCUGUACUGGAUAGCCAUAUAUAUUUGCACUUGCAGUAUUAAUAAUGAUGAGUAUACUAUAGGUUGGGGUUAACCAUUGUUUGUACAAACUACACUCUGGAUCUCCCAGAGCAUAGCAAACUAAUAUAAUUCUGAUUUGGUUCCUGAAAGCUGCUGAUGAGGUAUUUUAAAGCAGAUGAUCUUUUUUGCCUUCUGGUGCAUGUACAAAAAAAGAAUAAAUUAAGAGGAAAAAAUGCUAAAAUGUCACAUUUCCUGUUUUAUGUGCUUGCAAACAGCACUGGGAAGUAUGGGAAGCAAUGUGUUAGGUAUUCUAAAGAAUAAUCUUCCUUUUCAAACUGCUAUCCGAGCUUUAGCCAUAGGCAGGUUGACAACUUGGUCAGGAACUCAAGGGCCACAUCUUAUUGAUGUAAAAAGGAGUAGAUUGUAGGGAUUGGAAGAAGAUUAGAUGUGGGCCUGUCUUGUUCAUGAGUCCAAUCAUUUGCCUGAAUUUGGCAGUAUUAUUCAAUACUGUUCUAUUAAAAAUGGAAAUAUUUUAAAGAAAAAACUGAAUUGGCAGUAUCUCUUUAGACAUGAUGGCAACUGCAAACCAAAGUAUAAAGCAGUGUGGGCCUCACUUUGAAUAUUUCUUCUAAAAUACUACCUCAGGUCCCUGUCAUGUGAGUUCCUGAAAGUUAUAUUAUAUGCUGUACUAAAAUCUGGUACUUCAGAUGUAAAUAACUGUCUUCUAAUGAAUCAGUGUUAGGAUAAUGUGGACCAGAUGCUGCAAACUUGACAUGAAUGAGCAAGGAUUUGCGAAUCCUAAAUCCAUAGCUUCCCCAGGAAUCCUUUUGGCAAUAGAUAAAUGGCUUUCAUUACAGUCUCAUAAUCUAGUAUUCCCAUGUAGAUGAUUUUAAAAACAGGUAUGUAUAGUACCUCUUGAAAAUAGAAGAUCUAAUUAAUGGCCGGACUUUGACCUUUUUGGAGAUAAUGAUUGUUGGAAAAAGCUACCUUAGUUUUUUACCAAUGUUAUUUAAUCUGUUUAUCAAUUUUUAUUAAAGGUCCAAAGAAUGGAGGUGAUCAGAGAGUUUUUUCCAAUUUUUCAUGGAAUUUUGGGGGGAGGAAGUUUAUGUGUGUGUGUGUGUGUGUGUGUGUGUGUGUGUAUAUAUAUAUAGAGAGAGAGAGGGGGGCGGGGGGAGCGAGGAAAGGUGUAAAUCUUAGAAGUGUAAGAACCUAGUUUUGCUGUUCAGUAACACUUAUAAUGACUUUAUUUCCCUGAAGUAUUUCUAUUAAGAUUUAGAAUUGGAGUUCUACAGUUAGUGUUUGAAGGUAAUUUAGAAAAAAUACAGACUUUCUUUUAACUGUUAUUACAGUGCCACUCAUUUACAGGAAGAAAUAUAUACUUCCAGGAAACAAGAUACCUCUACAUUUGUUCAUACAUUUUUUUUGGAGUGACGUAAAACCCAUAAAUGAUAUAUACACACACA